GUGACAUAGUAUGCGUAGUAUUUUAGUAUGUGGUUUGCACCAUACAUUUACAAAUUCUCUUUACACAGGCCGAGAACUUCUAAUCUUUCCAAAAAUAUAGCGUUAGUGCUGCGGCGAGAGCCCAGCUAGGAGGUCUGGGGUUACCCUCCGCCUGAUUUUAGUGCCGAGUGCAAUAUUUAAAGGCGAUUCCUAGGUCACUGUGUUCUCUCUCUUUUGUCAAUCAAACCAGCUGCAAGGAUGUCUGAUACAGUUGGAAAGGUAAUAACAUGUCAGGCUGCUGUUGCCUGGGAAGCGAAGAAACCGUUAAGUAUUGAAACUGUGGAAGUUGGAGUCCCAAAAGCGGGAGAAGUUCGUAUCAAGGUUCUUGCAACUGGCGUAUGUCACACAGAUGCUUACACUUUAGAUGGAUUCGAUCCAGAGGGGAUAUUCCCAGUGAUUUUGGGACAUGAAGGAGGUGGAAUUGUUGAAAGUAUUGGGGAAGGAGUAACAUCUGUUAAACCUGGUGACCAUGUUGUGCCGUUGUAUAUUCCACAGUGUAAGGACUGUAAAUUCUGUAACAGUCCAAAGACCAACCUUUGCAGCAAAAUCAGGAAUACCCAAGGUAAAGGUGUGAUGCCUGAUGGUACUAGUCGCUUCACAUGCAAUGGCAAAACUCUUUACCAUUUUAUGGGUACUUCAACAUUUUCUGAAUACACUGUGGUGGCUGAAAUAUCUGUUGCCAAGGUUGAUGAAGCAGCACCAUUAGAUAAAGUGUGUUUACUAGGGUGUGGUAUUACCACUGGUUUUGGUGCUGCCUUGAAUACUGCUAAGGUAAAUAAGACUACCACAUGUCUACCAUCUACCAAAAGACGCGCCUCAAUAACCACUACAUCCCAACACACCAAUCCUUAUCACACAACUCACCGUGCUACCAUACCUUGCCACCAAACCAACCUGAUCCUAUUGCUG